AUGUUUUUGGCAUUAAUUUGGUUGGAUUAUUUGUUGAUUGGAACGGGGGCGACAACACAUGAACCGGGAUUCAGCGCUCCUAUAGCAAAUGUGACGGCACCACUUGGUCGUGAAGCUAUUAUGGCUUGCACUGUUCACAAUUUGUCAACGUAUAAGGUCGCGUGGCUCAGAGUGGAUACCCAAACAAUACUUACCAUACACACGCACGUAAUUUCAAGAAGUCGAAGGGUUGGCGUAACGCAUAGCGAUCAUCGCACCUGGUUCCUACAUAUUAGAGAGUUACGAGAGACUGACAGAGGGUGGUAUAUGUGUCAGAUCAAUACCGACCCAAUGAAAAGUCAGCUCGGCUACUUAGAUGUUGUCGUGCCACCAGACAUUUUAGAUCGCGGAACAAGUACCGACCAGACUGUCCGUGAAGGUGCAUCUGUAAGUCUUACUUGUGCAGCGACUGGUUCUCCACAGCCUCAGAUCACUUGGCGGAGGGAGCAUUCAAAAACUAUUACUGUCGCUGACGGCGUUCAAGUGACGUCGUUAGAAGGCCAUGUUUUAAACAUAAGUAAGGUAAACAGGCAGCACGCUGGUGCAUAUUUGUGUAUAGCUUCCAACGGAGUCCCGCCUACGGUGAGCAAGAGAAUAAUGCUCACAGUAGAAUAUCCACCCGUGAUCACAAUUAGAAAUCAAUUAGUCGGCGCUGUAUUGGGUUCCGACUUAGUGCUGGAAUGUGAAACUGAAGCUUAUCCCAAACCCGUUAGCUAUUGGAGUAGAGAGAACGGCGAAAUAGUACCUAUAGGAAAGGGAUUGGAACCGCAAAAGAUCGCUGGAACGUACCGCACCAUUCUAAAGCUUCCUAUACGCAGAAUAACAAGUUCCGAUUACGGAGCGUACAAAUGUGUCUCCAAAAAUUCUUUAGGAGACAGUGAAGGAACAGUCAAAUUAUAUCCGAUGCCUCCUCCAGCAGUGGAUAAUAACGUAGUUCAAAGAUUAAAUAUAAUCGCCGAGAAGUCGUCGGAUAGCACUCCGUUUGGUACACAAGAUUUCAGAUUACAAGAUUAUAACAGAGCAGCUUGGAAGGACUCUUACUAUUUUAGGGUAUUAUCCUUAUUCAUAUUCAUAUUCCAUGUUGUUACAUCUUGGAGGUUUCUUUAA